CCUCCCCUAUGUCUCCCUUCUUCUCUGGUCUCUACUUUCCAUCCCCUCAAAGGAGAGGAGGAGAAAGAGAGUGCCGAAUCUCUGUUCCCCUCUCCUCCACAUAGAGCUCAAAUUGGUUCUACCUCUUUAAUUUGUUUCCCCUUUUUAUUUUCCCAGUCAAAUUAUACAAAGAUUCAUCCAUAUCUAUUCAAUACUUAGACUACACGGAAGGAAACCUCAGAGUCAGAGUCCGUGGGCUUGAUUUCGUAGACAAAAUCCGAUUUUUGUCCAUAAAAAUCGAGUCUUUGUUUUCAAAUUUUUGCUCAAAAAUCAUCUCCUGGAACCCAAAUUUCGGAUCAAUUCGAAGCUUUAUAGAAACAAAUGACGAUCGAAAGCCCUAAUCCGAUCGAGAAGAGGGGAAAUCGCAAGAACAAGCAGGUUCUCGAUGAAAAGGUCCCUCUUUUGCCCACCAAACAGGAGGAAAAUGGUGCGUUUGACGAGUUCAACGGGGCCUCCUUCGCCGGCGCCGUGUUCAAUCUAUCGACAACGGUCGUCGGCGCCGGGAUCAUGGCGCUUCCCGCCACCAUGAAGGUGCUAGGGUUAGUGCCGGGGCUCCUUCUGAUUGUAUUUGGCGCCUUCCUCACCGAGGCCUCGAUCGAGAUGCUCGUCCGAUUCAGCCGCGCCGGAAAGGCGGUCUCCUACGGGGAAGUCAUGGGGGACGCAUUCGGGAACGUCGGCCGGACGCUGCUUCAGAUCUGCGUCGUCGUGAAUAAUAUUGGAGUGAUGAUUGUGUACAUGAUUAUUAUUGGUGAUGUGCUAUCUGGAACUUCUUCUAGUGGUGAACACCAUUUUGGUGUCUUGGAAGGAUGGUUUGGGGCACAGUGGUGGAACAGCCGUUUCUUUGUUCUUCUAGUGACCACACUUCUAGUGUUUACUCCACUUGCAACCUUCAAGCGUGUAGAUUCGUUGAGAUACACAUCUGCCGUAUCGGUUGCACUUGCAGUUGUUUUUGUUGUAAUUACUGCUGGAAUUGCUAUUGUGAAGUUGAUAAGUGGAAGCAUUAGCAUGCCAAAGUUGUUUCCUCAGCUACCUGAUUUGGCUUCCGUCUGGAACCUUUUCACAGCUGUUCCGGUUCUUGUCACCGCUUAUAUCUGCCAUUACAACGUUCACUCAAUAGACAAUGAGCUGGAGGAUUCUUCCCAGAUAAAACCUAUCGUGCGCACAUCACUUCUCCUCUGUUCAACUGUAUAUAUUACCACAAGCUUCUUUGGCUUUCUUCUUUUUGGUGAUAACACCCUCGACGAUGUACUCGCCAACUUCGAUUCCAACCUUGGCAUCCCCUACAGCUCGGUUCUCAAUGACGCAGUUCGAGUUAGCUAUGCUGUCCACCUAAUGCUUGUAUUUCCCAUCAUAUUCCAUGCUUUGAGGCUUAACUUGGAUGGCCUCCUCUUUCCCUAUGCAAGGUCUUUAUCUUCUGAUAACUGGAGAUUUGCCCUAAUUACUGCAGUACCUCUUUUAGCCAUUUUCUUGGCUGCGAACUUUAUACCCAGCAUAUGGGAUGCCUUCCAAUUUACUGGUGCGACUGCUGCUGUUUGUAUUGCCUUCAUUUUCCCUGCGGCCAUUACUCUCAGGGACCGCCACGGCGUUGCAACGAGAUGGGAUAAAGUAUUGUCUGUUUUUAUGAUUGUUCUCGCCGUCCUGUCAAAUGCAGUUGCUGUGUAUAGUGAUGCUUAUUCCCUAUUUAAGAAGAGCAAGGGCUCCCAGUCUUAAACUACACGUAUCCUCUUCAUAGUCGAUAAAAUUUGUGGUGUCUAGUAGCUGCCAUGCAUAUGUAUGUUGAUAAAACUGUAUUUUAGCACAAUAAGUGAUCCUAGUGUAAUUAUGUUACGUGAGUUUAAUCAUUUAUUUAGUUAACUCAACCUUGCAGGUUGAGUUACAUCCUCCACUGUGUGGUAGGAUGCAUGUAUUAUCUUUAGGUUUCGGUAAGGGUUUUUAUGCAAUCGAAAGUAUUAAGACAUGUAUAUGAUUCCAAGUUUGGGUGUUGUAAUAGAAGUUUGAUUUGGAAUUGUAAACUUGGUUCUAUUA